UUCAUUCAGAAACUGCUAAUCGCAAAUAAUUACAAAGAAAGGGCAAGUAGCACAAUGACGCGUUAUAUUCAGUUGCUGCAGUUCUUCCUCCGGCCUGCAGGCGGCGGUGCGCCGCUCAGAGCUCUUGACCGCUGGCCGCAGAUGAAAUGCAGUAUGGCGGAGCGACGCUAAAAACAACGAAUGUGUGCGAAAAACACCGGGAUAAAACCCCGAAACCUGCCGAUUCCUCCCGUGAUCCGGUAGAUCAGCGAUUAUAACCACCUGCGGCUCGAUAAUCGCACUCGCCGCUGACGGUGUUUCCGUUUCGUCGCGACACUUUAUGAUCAAAUAACAAGACAAACCAACGUAUCAUUAUUUCGUUUUCACCUGUGUUACGUUUAAACGCACGAUAAUAAAACAGACGUGAAUGUAAAGGCUUUAUUUAUUAUUUUACCAAGUAGUUAAACUAUGGAGAAAAAGCAAUAUAAAUCAGACAGACGUUCUCACCAUCAGCAGUCCUCCUCCAGCAGCAGCAGCGGGGAGUCCGGGGGCAGCAGCCCGGCCCACGGGGCGCCCACAGCGGCCAACGCCUUCGCCAACGACGGCAGCUUCAUGGAGCUGUUCAAGAAGAAGAUGGAGGAAGAGGAGGAGAGGAGGAAGAGGCAGACCGAGGAGGAGGAGGACAAGACGAAGAAGAGCUCUGCUGCUGCAGGUCAAGCGCCUCAGGAAAAGAAGCCGCUUGGAGGAAGCAGCUUUGUGGGCAAGCGGAGAGGAGGCGCGAGACUGGCGCUCAAGACCGGGAUGGUGGCUAAAAAACAGAAGCUCGACUCCGAGGUGGAGGCUGGGAAAGGAGACGCCUGGACUAAAUACAUGGCAGAAGUGAAAAAGUAUAAAGCGCAUCAGUGUGGAGACGAUGAUAAAACCAGACCGCUGGUCAAAUAGACUGAACUGCUUCACACUGUCUGUUCCUCUCCUUCAGCUCUUCAUUUCCAGGUCGAGUUUUUUUUCCUGUGUACAGUGUUUGAUGGGUUCUGGUUCUUUUUGAGACAUUAUAAUUUAGUCCGUGGCAUCAGAGCGAUCUCGUUCACCUUGCUGAUAUUUUGUACUCAACAUGUCUGGUUCUUGAAUGUCACCUGAUGAAGAUUGACGAUGAUGAAUUAAACUCACCGUUCCACAGUAUCUGUCGUGACUGUGAUGUUCAGGUGGUUUCCAUUUUACACACUUCACCAAAGAUAGGAUGCCAUGCUUUGUCUUUCUUAAAAAUGUUGCAUGUUUUUCAAAUUCCAUCAACUAGUUUAAUAAUUAAGUUGCUUUAACCCUUCAUGCUUCUCAAUAGAGCCCCGAAUUUCAGCCCGGGACCAAUUGGCCCCCGAUUUUUUUUUUUUUUUUUUUUUACAGCCCUCGGGCAAAUUUUUACCACAUAGUUUAGACGUAGGCAUCUCCUUAUUUUUAUAUUAUAGACAUCCAUAAAUUGGUGAUGGAAAAAAAAUUGCCGUGCUGGUGGAAACAACAUGAGACCGUGUUCGUCUGUUCGUUCCUUUAGAGAGAAGUGCAUCGUCACGGAUUAUGAUUAUCAUGGAAGAGUUUUUGAUUUGUUUUAUUUCAUUAAGUAAUAAUCUAAAGCUUUCUACAGAUAUAUUUACCAUGUCUAUGAAGCAUGUUUUCACUGAGUGUCGGUUCAUUUUUGUGAACUGCUCUUGCUCAAGAUGCGACGGCAAAAAGCACAUCAUGUUUGUUUUCUUUAUUUUAUAAAAGCACAAAGUUUUGUUGAUUAUUGUGAGUGCAAGCCAAAAAGUAGACCUUUCACAGCUACGAAUAAUGUGUUACUCGAGUCUCAACUUUGACUUAACAAAAAAUUACAAGGUAUCCACUGAAAGAAAUGCAAGUGAUCGUGCUGGCGUCUCCAUGUAUUGGAUAUAGCGCACAUUUAUCUGGGUCUAACGUUUAAACAUUGUUAUUGUUAUAUGCUUCUACUGUUUUAUAUCUGAAGAUUUUCUACAAGUCGUGAUGAUUUGAGAAGGCUAAACUGAUCAAACAAAGGCUCACUGUCUGCCACUGGCCUCUUGGUCGUUACUUAUAAAAACCUACAACUUAUAUUUAAAGAACAUAACAUGCUCCAAACGUUUUUCUUAAUUAACUUAAUACAAAAGCAUGAGAAAUGUUUCAGAACUUAAAAUUAAACAAGAGACAUUUCUAUU